GGAGGCGCAUCGCCGGAGACCCGCUCAAACCCUCUCCUGACACAGACGGACGGACCGACGGACGGAGGCAGGAGGCAUAUGCUGAAGCAAACAGUUGUGCGCUCGCUCUCCGAUGUGAGCCGAUUUCAGAAAAAAAACGCAACUUUUUGGUUGCAAGACCCGCGGAGUUCUAUUCCAAGACGGUGGAUCCGUUUGUUUUCUUCUGUUUAUGCGAGUGGAUUUUCUUUGGAAGGAAUAACGUUUUUAUUUGAAUAUAAACUAUACUUUUUAUAAACUAUAAACUACUUUUUUACCCCGUUAUAUCGAGCUGCAGUGAACUCCGGAAGAGUCGAUAAGGACAGUCAGGAUGUCCCAUAUCUCCGUCAACGACCACCUGGAGGGGAUCCUAUCAGACUUCGAAGCUUUAAAAAGAUCCUUCGACGUCGACGAUGUGGACGAGCUUCCUCCCUUCUCCCCCUCCUCCCCCGUUCCCUCCCCCCUCUCCUCCACCUCCCUCCUCAACAAGACCAACGAGGGUCGAGGGUUCCCCACCUCCAACCACGGCUCCCCUGCCUUCCGCUCCCGGAUCAGUCUUGGUACCAACCCCAGCCCUGCCCAGAGCCCUGUAUUCAAGUCCCGCAUGGUCUCCAGUCUCUCCUUCAACAGAGCCACGAACAGACCCACCAUCAACAACAAUGGAGGGAGCUCCGGAGGCAUCACCAGGGCCUCUUCCUUCCAGAACAAGUUUAACCCUAAAGGUUUCUCCUCCUCUCUCUCUGGCCCAGGCAGUGAUAAUGAUAGUCUCCAUAGCUCCUCUUCUAGUCUGGACUAUUCCAUCCAGGGAGGCGGAGGAGAAGGUGGAGGAGGGGUAACUCUGGGCAAGCCAGGGUCUCUGUCCUACUCCACUAGCCCACAGAUGGAGCAGCGCCCUGGGCAGCAGCCAGGGUCUCUGUCCUACUCCACUAGCCCACAGAUGGAGCAGCGCCCUGGGCAGCAGCCAGGGUCUCUGUCCUACUCCACUAGCCCACAGAUGGAGCAGCAGCCAGGGUCUCUGUCCUACUCCACUAGCCCACAGAUGGAGCAGCGUCAUGGGCAGCAGCCAGGGUCUCUGUCCUACUCCACUAGCCCACAGAUGGAGCAGCGUCAUGGGCAGCAGCCAGGGUCUCUGUCCUACUCCACUAGCCCACAGAUGGAGCAGCGUCAUGGGCAGCAGCCAGGGUCUCUGUCCUACUCCACUAGCCCACAGAUGGAGCAGCCUCCUGGACUGCAGCGUGGCCUGGGCCUGGGGAUGGGGAAGAAGUUCUCUUCCCAUGGGAGUGUGUUUCACUCUGAGCUAGAGGGGCCUAUGGGGCUGGGAGCUCCAGAGCCCAGGGGGGUCAGCCACGGAUCCAUGCCCAGUCUGGACCUCCAGAUCGGGGAAGGAGGAGGCGGGGUGAUGGGAGUGCGGGGGGCAGGAGGUGGAGGGGUGAGGUAUGGCAACGCCAAUGUGGGUUUGAAUGGCGGAUCCCAGCGGCAUUAUAACACCAGUCCCUUUGGGAAGGAAGGAUGCUACUCUCCCAAUCAGAACCACAACAGCUACCAGGCCCAGCCCAAACCCAAAGAGACCCAGCGUCUCAACAAGUUCCCCCUGGAUCUAGACAGUCUGGUGGGGGUGAAGACGCUCCAGCCCAGCCCCCAUCCUCCCCCCUCGUCUGACCCCCCUAAACCUCCACCCAGAGCACACUAUCCCAGCAGCCUCUCUGUCUCAGCUAGCCCAUCCCUCAGCAGUCUGGACAGCUCCGGUGGUGACCUCACUCCUCUUCCCGCCGCCAAACACCACGUCUCCUACAACAACAUCAACCCCUCCCUCCCCCGCUCUCCCCCACCUACCUCCCCCCCGGGGGCCAAGCCUGUCCCUAAGGUGAGCCAGUCCCCUGUCCCCCUGUCCCCCGCCCAGACCCCCCAGCUCAACCUGCUCUCCCCCAGACCUCAGGUAGGACACCUGGCCCCAUCCACCCCCCUGUCACUGGAGCACACCCAGCCACAGGACAUGAUGUCAGAGAGAGAAAGCGUGGGUUCCAUUCUGCAGAGGAUCGCUUCCUUCUCCAGUCCCGACGCCAUAACGACCACCAGGUUUCCAAGCGCCGCCAGUGUUCUGAGCGGGGUUGCCCUUAGCAACGGCGUGAAGAAGGAGAGCCCACCACCGAUGAUGAUGAUGCAUCAGGAGCGUGUUUCCUCACCUCUACCUGUGGCGGUCCAGAGACAGGGGCUAAAGAGAGUGCAAGACACAACUAAGGUGCUGGAGCAGGAGAUACCCGCCUCGAUGGAGGAGAGAGGGAUGGAGGAAGUGAAACCUUCAGCAGUAGAAGACAAAGCAGCAGCAGAGGAAGCUGUGGAGGAGAGAGUAGCUCAGGAGAAAACAGAGGAUAGCACAGCGCAGAAUAAAGAGACGGAGGAGAGAGAGAUGGAGGGAGAGGUAGAGGUCGUGACCCCUUGCCCUACAGAGAACCAUGGUCUCCAGGGAACCAUUAAAGGUCAUGACCUCUUCGGCUACGUGGGCAUCGAGGCUGUUCUGGACCAGAUGAGACGCAAGACCAUGAAGGCUGGCUUCGAGUUCAACAUCAUGGUCGUGGGUGAUUACAGGGUUCAUUCCACAUAG